GAGAAGCAGAUCAAUGACCAGUUUCAGAAGCUUCAUCAGUUCCUGCAGAACGAAGAGGAGGCCAGGCUCUCAGCUCUGAGGGAAGGAGAGAAGCAGAAGACCCAGCCGAUGGAAGAGAAAAUUAAAGCUCUGGAAACAGACAUAGCAGCUCUGUCAGACACAAUCAGAGUCACAGAGGAGAAACUGAGCUCUGAAGGCAACUCAUCCCAGCAGGACUGCAAAGCUGCUCUGGAGAAAACCCAGCGCUGCUGCAACCCGGAUGAUCCACAGCAGGUUCCUGGAGCUCUGAUGGAUGUGCCCAAACAUCUGGGCAACCUGGGCUUCAACGUCUGGAAGAAGAUGAAGGAGGUGGUUUCCUACACUCCGGUGAUCCUGGAUCCGAACACAGCUCAUCCGGGCAUGAUCCUGUCUGAUGAUCUCACCAGUGUGAAGCUGGGAAAGAAGGAAAACCUCCCAGAGAACCCAGAGAGGAUCACCGCCUGCCACUCCGUUCUGGGGUCUGAGGGCUUUGACUCUGGGACUCACAGCUGGGUGGUCGAGGUGGGAGAAAAUAGAGGCUGGAGGCUGGGAGUGUUAGCAGAGAGUGAUGAAUCCCUGAUUGAGCCUGAAUAUCUGGGAUUAGGUUAUUAUGAUGAGAAGUAUGCAGCGUGGUCUCCAUCACAAUGCUUGGUUCUGAAAGAAACAAAUCGUUUCCAGACAAUCAAGGUUCUUCUGGAAUACGACAAAAAAACCCUUUCCUUUAUCGAUGCCAAAUCCAACCGUUACAUACACACCAUCACCCAUACCUUCACCAAGAAGCUGUUUCCCUGCAUUAACACCUGGGACAUAGAUGCACUGAAGUUACUGCCGCAGCAGGUCAACACCCAGCCUAACAUGUAAGACCUGGACAUGGUCCCUACAAAGAGGGAUAAUAAGUUAAGUAGGGCAUAAAAACUCAACACCUAUUGCCAGCAACUAGUUUUUCUGUAAUGCAUACAACCUGACUUUGAUAAAUUUGAAAUUAAACAGAUAAAUUAGCACAAACCAACACACUAUAAAAUCCAGUUUGUAUAAGCUAUAUAUAAUUUGUUUUUUCAUAUUGUUCAUUUAUUGAACAGAAAAGAUUCACAUCAAUCCUUUAAUG